GUUUGGCGACCUUUUCUGUCCUUCAUAUCAUCAGCCCACAACGACGGCAACAAGAACUUUGACCCCGACUACGUCAUCGUGGACAGCACCGGCUCCGUCAGCUACAUGCUUUCGGCCACAGCGGUCACCGUCUGCAACUUUGACCUCCUCUACUUUCCCGUCGACCGGCAGAACUGCUACAUCCCCGUCGAGGUACACGGGUACGACGUCGAGGUCGAGGUCAAGGCCAUGCUGAAGCCCCCUGGGCUGAUUCGCGGAGAACGGGUCCUCACCUUCAACGGCGAGUGGACGACCUUGAACGUCUCGCUGAGCUGCCACGAGAGCGUCGAGGGCACCACGUACAUCACGCUGGCGGUCGACAUACAGAGAAAGGCGGAUUAUUACGUCGCGUGUGUGCUUCUGCCGAUGACCGUGACCUCCAUGGCGUCGCUGCUCGUCUUUUGGAUCCCGCCGAGUUUUGGCGAGAAGAUGACGUACCUCGGGUUUGUCCACGUCUGCACGGCACUGUACGUGUGCCUAGUUGGGUGAGUUUUGAGAGGCGUUCAAGGGAGGUCAUUUGAGCAAACAGGUACCGCGGGUACCGCCUUGUUCCGAGGACUGGCCGGACUUACGUCUCCUAAUGUAAGUCUUAAGAACUAGUGGCGUGGUCUAGAACUACGCAUCGAGAUGUUGAAAAAAAAAAUACGGGUAUGUGUGAACAACAUUAAGUAAGGGUGCAGUUUAAAGUCGGGAAUGUGAGGUUAAUAAUGGAUUUUAAAAAUCCGGUUUUUUUGGUAUUCAGAACAAAAAAUUCAUUGUUUUCAUUCUCCAUAUUAUCGUCUGACGUCCUAAGGGCGAUAUAGUGGCUCUGAAAAUGCCAUCAACAUCAUUAUCUGACGUCAUAAAGGCGAUACAGUGGCUCUACAAAUGCCGUCAAGUCAAAUAAAGAUUUGGAUUCCAAGAUUGACAUUAGUAGCAUAUUGUCUACGUUGAAAUUAGCUACAGCAGCAGUGACUAUUUCUUGGUGAUCAUCUGUACAGUUACUUUGAGCUCCAAGAAAUGUUUUUUUUUGGUUCUGAACAUUUUGAUUUUAUCCAUCCCUGUGGCACUACAGCCCAUGUGGGGCUUUGGCUUGCCUCAUGACAUCUACUCAGACCUAAUUGAUGCUUUUUUUGCCCCAUGCUUGGAUUCCCAGCUGCUAUAGAUCAUUUUCCACAUCAUCCAUCCAUCUAAGCCUAGGUCUGCCUUUGAGCUUUUUUACUCUGGGGUUUUGGUGGUGCACGUUCUUCACUCCUCAGUCAUUUGGCAUUCUUUCCAAGUGUCAAUUUUAUUUCAGUUUAAAUUUGUUUAUGUUAUUUAAAAUUCUUGAUUAAUUUUUAUCAUGAUAAAAUAUCGGUAACCGGUUUAUGAAAAUUACAAACCGGAUUGCAAACCGGAAGACCGUUUUUUUUUAAAACAUCCUUUCUCAUUAGCGCUGUAUACUCGGAACAUUAUGGGUAUUAAAAAAAUAAUAAUUUAUCAUUCUAUCCUUGGGGGUGACAGCUAAACCCAUUUCUCAUAUAAAAUAAUGAACAUUAACCUUGUCAACAAAGAGCCAACACUUUCUUUUUAGCGUGUCGGUUCUACUAUUCACAAAGCCUUCACCGAAUUCCGUUAAUUUUAAUCUAAUAUUAUUCCAUUCUAACAUCUUCUUUAGAUACACUGUCCCCAAAAAUUCCCCAAUGUCCGGUGAAACGACUCGCAUGGCGUGCUUCCUGUUAUUCACGAUCGCCCAAACCGCCGCAACCUCCGCGGCGACCAUCUUGGUCCUGCGCAGGUAUCAAGAGGAAAAGGAAAAGCUGACCUUCUCGCC